AGGACGAGAGAGACAGAGAAGAACAAUGGUUGAAUUCAGAUGGAUUCAAAUAUCUUUAUUCCUGAUCCUGAUGCUUCAGUUUACAGCCGCACCUGGACAAUUUUCAUCUGUCACUGUCACAGGUGGACAUGAAGUCACUUUGUCUUGUGGAAAUGUGAUAGAUGGACAGAAGAACUGUGACAGUACUACCUGGAUUUUCAGUUCAACAAGAACAUCAUCAUCAGUAGAGCUGGUUAAUCUUGGUCAGAUCAGAUCUGAACCAGACAGACUGAGAGUUACAUCAAACUGUUCUCUGGUUAUAAAGAAGGUCACAGAUGAUGAUGCUGGUCUUUACGCCUGCAGACAGUUUGACAAAUCAGGACAACAACAAGGAACAGACUUUCUGGUUGAUCUGUCUGUUAUUACCAAAUCAACUGGACAACGUUCAUCUCUCACUGUGACUGCUGGACAUGACGUCAUUUUGCCUUGUGAAAACGUGAUAAAUGGACAGAAGAACUGUUAUGAUACUACCUGGCUCUUCUUUAAGUCAAGAAACACAGCAGUGGUGUUGGUUAGUGAUGGGCAGAUUAAAUCUAAACCAGCCAGACUGAGAGUUACCACAAACUGCUCUCUAGUUAUAAAGAAGGUCACAGUUGACGAGGACGGUGAGUACGCCUGCAGACGGCUUAUAUCGGGAGGACAAAACCAAGAUGUACUAUUUGCUCUGUUUGUUAUUAACAUUCUGAUGGAUGGCUAA